AUGAAUGAAUAUGAAAAAGAUCCAGGAUGGCAAUACCUCAGGCAAACAAGAGAGCAAAUGGCUACAGAUCAAUCACGGCCCUAUGAUUCAAAAAAAAAUUGUUGGAUUCCAGAUGCUGAAGAAGGCUAUGUUGCGGCAGAAAUAACCAGCACUAAAGGUGAUAUGGUCACCGUUGUAAGUGCUCGAGGCAAUGAAGUUACUUUGAAAAAAGAUCUCACGCAAGAGAUGAAUCCACCUAAAUUCGAAAAAACUGAAGAUAUGUCCAAUCUAACAUUUCUUAACGAUGCAUCUGUUCUUCAUAAUCUUCGUGCGCGAUAUGGCUGCAUGCUCAUCUACACGUACUCCGGAUUAUUUUGUGUUGUAAUCAAUCCCUACAAACGUCUUCCAAUCUAUACGGAUUCAGUUGCUCAAAUGUUCAUGGGGAAGCGAAGAAAUGAAAUGCCACCUCACCUUUUCGCUGUUUCUGACGAAGCCUACCGUAAUAUGCUUCAAGACCACGAAAAUCAAUCAAUGUUGAUCACCGGUGAAUCCGGAGCUGGCAAAACUGAAAAUACUAAAAAAGUAAUUGCAUAUUUUGCUGUAGUUGGCGCUUCACAAUCAAAAAAUGUUGAAGGAGAGAAGAAAGUAACACUUGAAGACCAAAUCGUCCAAACCAAUCCGGUACUUGAAGCAUUCGGCAAUGCAAAAACUGUUCGAAAUAAUAAUUCAUCUCGAUUUGGAAAAUUUAUUCGGAUCCAUUUCUCGAAGCAGGGAAAAGUAGCUUCUUGUGACAUUGAACACUAUCUUCUGGAAAAAUCUCGAGUUAUUCGUCAAGCUCCAGGCGAACGAUGUUAUCACAUUUUUUACCAGAUAUACUCAGAUAAUGUACCUUCUCUUAAAAAGGACUUACUUCUUGAUCUACCUUUAAAGGAUUAUUGGUUUGUUGCUCAAGCAGAAUUAACUAUCGAUGGUGUAAACGAUAAGGAGGAACAUCAACUCACUGAUGAGGCCUUCGAUAUUCUUAAUUUCUCAGCGGAAGAGAAAAAGAAUUGCUACAGAAUUAUUUCAGCAAUCAUGCACAUGGGUAACAUGAAAUUCAAGCAAAGGCCACGUGAGGAACAAGCUGAGCCUGAUGGCACAGAAGAGGCUGAAAAAGCUUCUAAUAUGUUUGGCGUUGAUUCUGAAGAAUUCCUCAAAGCAUUGACAAAACCUCGUGUUAAAGUUGGAGCUGAAUGGGUUAACAAGGGACAAAAUGUUGAUCAAGUACACUGGGCUGUUGGUGCUAUGGCAAAGGGUUUAUACGCUCGUAUGUUCCAUUGGCUGGUUAAAAAAUGCAAUUUGACCCUAGAUCAAAAAGGCAUUCCUCGAGACUAUUUCAUAGGCGUCCUUGACAUUGCCGGAUUUGAAAUUUUUGAUUUCAAUUCGUUCGAGCAACUGUGGAUAAAUUUUGUGAAUGAGAAGCUGCAACAAUUCUUCAACCAUCAUAUGUUUGUACUUGAACAGGAGGAAUAUGAGCGAGAAGGGAUUCAGUGGACUUUUAUCGACUUCGGUCUAGAUUUACAAGCUUGUAUUGAACUUAUCGAGAAACCUCUUGGUAUUAUAUCAAUGCUUGAUGAGGAAUGCAUUGUCCCGAAAGCAACAGAUCUUACUUUGGCUCAAAAAUUGUGCGAUACACAUCUCGGAAAGCAUCCAAACUUUGAAAAGCCAAAGCCACCUAAAGGCAAACAAUCCGAAGCACACUUUGCGAUGAAACAUUAUGCAGGAACUGUACGUUAUAACGUAACAAAUUGGUUGGAGAAAAACAAAGAUCCUCUGAAUGAUACAGUGGUAUCGUGCAUGAAAGGAUCAAAGGGUAAUGAUCUCCUUGUUGAAUGUUGGCAAGAUUAUACAACACAAGAAGAAGCCGCUAUUCAAGCAAAAGAAGGUGCUGGAAAGAAAAAAGGAAAAUCCGGUUCAUUCAUGACCGUUUCAAUGAUGUAUCGAGAAUCGUUGAAUAAUCUUAUGAAUAUGCUUAAUAAAACUCAUCCACACUUUAUCCGUUGUAUUAUUCCAAAUGAAAAAAAAGCAUCCGGUCUUUUGGAUGCGGCAUUAGUACUAAAUCAACUAACAUGUAACGGUGUUCUCGAAGGUAUUCGAAUUUGUCGUAAAGGAUUCCCAAACAGAAUGAUCCAUGCUGACUUCAAACAUCGUUAUGCAAUUCUAGCUGCAGCUGAAGCCAAAAGCGAUGAUGAUCCGAAAAAAUGUGGCGAGGCUAUGUUGAGUUUGCUGGUUAACACAGGAAAAUUAACUGAAGAGAAUUUCCGUAUCGGAAAAACAAAAAUUUUCUUUAAGGCAGGUAUAUUAGCGCACCUUGAAGACAUACGAGAUGAACGUCUCGGACAAGUGCUUACAGGUUUCCAAGCGAGAAUCCGUUCAUUUUUGGGUCUUAGCGAGAGGCGUCGUAGAAUGCAACAACGGGCAGGCUUACUUAUCCUACAACGCAAUAUUCGCGCGUGGUGUACAUUACGCACAUGGGAAUGGUUCCUUAUAUACGGCAAAAUAAAACCAAUGCUGAAAUGUGGUAAGGAAGCUGAAGAAAUGGAUAGGAUGAAUGCAAGAAUCAAAGAACUCGAAGAAAAAAUAGCAGUCGAAGAAAAGGCUCGAAAACAGAUGGAAGACGAAUCUACACGAUUACUCGAAGAGAAAAACUCUGCAUUUACCGAGCUUGAAGAAGCCAAAGCCAAACUUUCAGACGCAGAAGAUCGCCUAAAUCGUGUUGGCACGCUCAAAACUGAUAUCGAUAAACAGAUCAGCGAAUUGCAAGGACGAGUUGAUGAUCAAGAAGAUCGAAAUUCUGAUCUGUCACGUGCGAGGAAAAAAAUUGAAUCGGAUAUCGAAAACUUAAAGAAAACUAUCCAAGAAUUGGAAUCACGACUUCAGAAAACUGAAGAUGAGAAGCAAACGAAGGACCAACAAAUCAAAUCUUUGCAAGAUGAAAUGCAGCAGCAGGACGAAAAUAUUGCAAAAUUAAAUAAAGAGAAAAAGCAACAAGAAGAAGCUAAUCGGAAAUUAAUGGACGAUUUACAAGCAGAAGAAGAUAAAAGUAAUCGUACAAGUAAAUUAAAGGGUAAGUUAGAGCAAAAUUUAGAUGAUAUCGAAGAUAGUCUUGAACGUGAAAAACGAUCAAGAAAUGAAAUCGAAAAGCAAAAACGAAAAGUUGAAGGAGAACUUAAAAUAGCUCAAGAAAAUAUUGAUGAAAUCAAUCGUCAACGCCAAGAAAUCGAAAGCGAUAUUAAGAAAAAGGAUUCAGAAUCACAAGCUUUAACCACAAGACUAGAAGAAGAACAAGAUUUAGUGAAUAAACUCAAAAAACAAAUUAAAGAUACUCAAAGUCGAAUAGCAGAAUUGGAAGAUGAAAUCGAAAGCGAACGACAGUCAAGAAGUAAAUCAGAACGUAUCAAAUCUGAUUUACAACGUGAACUGGAGGAAUUAGGCGACCGACUUGAUGAACAAGGUGGCGUAACAGCAGCACAGGUCGAACUGAACAAGAAACGUGAAGCUGAAUUAGCCAAACUUCGUCGUGAUCUUGAGGAAGCAAAUAUGAACCACGAAAAUCAAUUAGCAGCACUUCGCAAAAAGCAUAACGAUGCGGUAGCUGAACUUGGUGAUCAAAUUGAACAGGCUCAAAAGCAAAAAGCGAAAAUUGAGAAAGACAGAAUUCAAGUACAACGUGAAGCAGAUGAUCUCAUUGCUCAAAUUGAAGCUGAAGCCAGUUCUCGAAUGAAUUUUGAAAAAAUGGCGAAACAAUAUGAAAUGCAAAUAAGUGAAUUACAAAGUAAAUCUGAUGAACAAUCUCGUCAACUUCAAGAGUUGUCUUCGCAAAAAACUCGUGUUCAGUCUGAGAAUACAGAUAUUAAUCGGCAAAUCGAAGAAGCCGAAUCGCAAGUGAAUGCAAUGACACGCCUAAAGAAUCAACUGACGUCCCAACUUGAAGAAGCACGACGGUCACUGGACGAAGAAGCAAGAGAUCGCAAUUCUUUAGCUGCUCAAGUAAAAAAUUAUGAGCAUGACAUCGACCAGGCUCGCGCAUCAAUGGAAGAAGAAAUCGAAGCUAAAAGCGAAAUACUUCGACAGCUUAGCCAUGCAAAUGCAGAGAUACAACAGUGGCAAACACGUUUCGAAAGUGAAGGGCUUUUACAAGCUGAUGAGUUAGAAGACGCAAAAAAACGCCAAAUACAAAAGAUCAAUGAGCUGCAAGAAGCACUCGAUGCUGCAAACUCGAAAAUUUGCAAUCUCGAGAAAACUAAAUCAAGACUGGUUUCUGACCUGGAUGAUGCACAACUCGAUGUCGAACGAGCCAACUCUUACGCUGGUCAACUCGAGAAGAAGCAGAAGGGUUUCGAUAAGAUCAUUGAUGAUUGGCGCAGAAAAACAGAUGAUCUGGCAACCGAAGUCGAUAAUGCUCAACGAGAGGCGCGCAAUUUAUCAACUGAUUUGUUCAAGACGAAAAGUGAUCAAGAUGAAAUUUUAGAAGUUAUCGAAGGACUGCGAAGGGAGAAUAAAGGUUUAACGCAAGAAAUUAAAGAUCUUACCGAUCAGCUAAGUGAAGGUGGACGAUCGGUGUUUGACAUGCAAAAAAUCAUCAGACGACUUGAAGUUGAGAAAGAGGAAUUGCAACAUGCAUUGGAUGAGGCUGAAGCUGCUCUAGAAGCAGAAGAAAGCAAAGUGCUUCGAGCUCAAGUUGAAGUAUCGCAAAUUCGCUCAGAAAUCGAAAAAAGAAUUCAAGAAAAGGAAGAAGAAUUUGAAAAUACGCGAAAGAACCAUCAACGUGCAAUUGAGUCAAUGCAGGCAUCACUGGAGAAUGAAAGCAAGGGAAAGGUUGACCUAAUCCGUUUGAAAAAGAAGCUCGAAUCAGAUAUAAAUGAUCUGGAAAUAGCACUGGACCAUGCUAAUCUAGCGAAUGCUGAUGCUCAGAAGAAUGUCAAAAAAUAUCAAGAUCAAAUUCGCGAGCUUCAACAACAAGUGGAAAUUGAACAGCAUAGCCGUGAAGAGAUUCGUGAACAAUAUUUGAAUAUGGAAAAAAAAGCAACAAUGCUACAAUCUGAAAAGGAAGAGAUGGUUGUUGCUAUGGAUCAGGCCGAGAGAGCAAGGAAACAAGCUGAGCGUGAAGCGAAUGAAGCUCGAACUCAAUGCAACGAACUUACUGCUCAAGCCGAAUCUUUGGCUAAUAUCAAAAGAAAACUUGAUGCUGAGCUACUCGCGAUUCAGACAGAUCUUGAUGAGACUCUUAAUGAGUAUAAACAAUCCGAGGAGCGAUGCAAAACUGCCGUGAAUGAUGCAGCUCGGCUUGCUGAAUUGCUUCGUCAAGAACAAGAGAACACACAACAAAAUGAACGCGUGCGCAAAUCCCUUGAACUACAGCUUAAGGAAAUGCAAGCUCGCCUGGACGAAGCUGAAGCUGCUGCAUUGAAAGGUGGCAAAAAAGUUAUUUCUAAAUUAGAAUCUCGUAUUCGAGAACUGGAGAAUGAGCUGGAUGGAGAACAACGCCGAUUCCAGGAAACUAACAAAAUUCUUAGCAAACAUGAUCGACGAAUUCGCGAGCUUCAAUUCCAAGUCGAUGAAGACAAGAAAAAUGCUGAUCGAACUCGUGAUCUCAUUGAUAAACUACAGAACAAGCUUAAAGCUCAGAAAAAGCAAAUUGAAGAAGCUGAAGAGCUUGCAAACGUGAAUUUACAAAAGUUCCGUCAAGUCCAACAUCAGUUGGACGACGCAGAGGAACGAGCUGAUCAUGCAGAAAAUUCGCUUUCGAAAAUGCGAGCAAAAAGUCGAAGCGGUACAGCAAUGCCAUCCGGAAUUCAAAAUUCACAAUCUGCAGCUAUACUUCGUUCCCCAUCACGUUCCAUGUUUUAG